ACAUCCCUAGAGAGACGUGUCACGUCAGCCGGUUGGCUGUCAGCGAGCUUGUUUUAAUUUACGUGUAUUUUAUGAAAUAUCUUCACAAAAGCUUGAGGAAAUGUUAACAAAGUUUGAAACUAAGUCGGCGAGGGUGAAAGGUAUAUCCUUUCACGCAAAACGGCCAUGGGUCCUCGCCAGUUUACACAAUGGUGUGAUUCAGCUAUGGGACUAUCGUAUGUGCACAUUACUGGAGAAAUUUGAUGAACACGACGGUCCAGUGCGUGGAAUCUGCUUCCACCAGCAACAGCCGCUGUUUGUGUCCGGCGGUGAUGACUACAAGAUCAAGGUGUGGAACUAUAAACAAAGGCGAUGUCUGUUCACACUGCUGGGCCACUUGGACUACAUCAGGACAACAUUCUUCCACCAUGAGUACCCUUGGAUAUUGAGCGCAUCAGAUGAUCAGACAAUAAGGAUAUGGAACUGGCAAUCGCGACAAUGCAUCAGCAUACUCACUGGCCACAACCACUAUGUAAUGUGUGCUCAGUUCCAUCCCACAGAAGAUCUAUUGGUAUCCGCAUCUCUUGACCAAUCUGUUCGUGUGUGGGACUUCUCUGGACUUAGGAAGAAGAGUGUGGCUCCUGGCCCUACAGGACUUGCUGAGCAUCUGAGAAAUCCUCAGGCAACGGAUCUGUUCGGACAGCAACUGUACAUACAGGCGGAUGCGGUUGUGAAGCACGUACUGGAGGGGCACGAUCGAGGCGUAAACUGGGCAGCCUUCCAUCCAACACUGCCACUCAUAGCGUCCGCCGCUGACGACAGACAAGUCAAGCUCUGGAGGAUGAAUGAUGCUAAGGCAUGGGAGGUGGACACAUGCCGCAGCCACUACCACAACGUGUCGUGCGUGUUGUUCCACGCCAGGCACGAGCUGAUCCUCUCCAACAGCGAGGACAAGACCAUCCGCGUGUGGGACGUCACCAAGCGCACAUGUCUGCACACAUUCCGCAGGGAGAACGAACGGUACUGGGUACUAGCCGCGCAUCCCUCGCUGAACCUGUUCGCGGCGGGGCACGACGCGGGCAUGGUGCUGUUCAAGCUGCAGCGAGAGAGGCCCGCGUACGCCGUGCAUAACAACAUGCUGUUCUACAUCAAGGACAAACAAUUGCGCAAAUUGGACAUGGGAACCAACCGUGACGCUCCUGUCAUGCAGAUUAAAGGCGUCGGCAGAAAUCAACCUUACAGUAUGUCACUGAACCACGCGGAGUGGUCGCUGCUGGUGAACUGGCGCAUAGGCGAGAACAGCGCGUACGAGAUGUACUCCAUGCCGCGCGACGGCGCCGACGUCUCCGGCGAGCCCGCGCGCGCGCCCGCCACCACCGCCGUCUGGGUCGCCAGGAACAGAUUCGCCGCGCUCGACAAGAACAACCAGCUGGUAAUCCGUAACUUAAAGAACGAGGUGUCUAAGAAGAUCUCGACGCCGUCAUGUGAGGAGAUCAUGUACGCGGGCACCGGCAUGCUGCUGCUGCGCGAGCCGGACACCGUGCAGCUGUUGGACGUGCAGCAGAAGAGGACCGUGGCCUCGGUGAAAGUAGCAAAGUGCCGCUACGCGAUAUGGAACUCGGACAUGUCGCUAGUGGCUCUACUGGGCAAGCACACAGUAACGUUAUGCACAAAGAAGUUGGAGCAGCUGUGCAGUGUGACGGAGGGUGCUAGGGUGAAGUCCGGCGCGUUCGACGACUCCACACCACAGCCCGUGUUCAUCUACACUACGGCUAAUCACAUUAAAUACUGUUGUAAGGAUGGUGACUACGGAAUCAUCCGCACGCUGGACGUGCCGGUGUACGCGGUGAAGGUGCUGGCCACGGACGCGGGCGCACGCGUCGUGUGUCUCGACCGCGAGUGCAGGCCCAAGGUGCUCAACAUCGACCCCACUGAGUACAGGUUCAAGCUGGCGCUGGUGACGCGGCAGUACGACCAGGUGCUGCACAUGGUGCGCACAGCCAAGCUCGUUGGGCAGAGUAUCAUUGCGUAUCUUCAGGAGAAAGGGUACCCCGAGGUGGCGCUGCACUUCGUGAAGGAGCCGCGCACGCGCCUGUCGCUGGCGCUGCAGUGCGGCAACAUCGACGUGGCGCUCGACGCCGCCAAGACCAUCGACGAGCCCGACGCCUGGGACAAGCUCGCCAGCGCCGCCCUCGCCACCGGCAACCACCAGAUCGUAGAGAUGUGCUACCAACGCACGAAGAACUUCGACAAACUAUCAUUCCUAUACCUGGUCACGGGGAACCUGGACAAGCUGCGCAAGAUGACCAAGAUCGCGGAGAUACGCAAGGACGUGUCCGCGCAGUUCCAGGGCGCGCUGCUGCUCGGAGACGUUACCGAGAGGAUACGGCUGCUCACCAAUGCUGGACAGCUCUCCCUAGCAUACUUGACCGCCAUAAACCACAAGCAGUUUGAGGAGGCGGAGAAAUUAAAGGCUGCGCUGGAGGCAGCCAACUUGCCCAUUCCAGAACCGAACCCCGACGCGGUGUUCCUCAGGCCGCCGCUACCCGUCCACAAAGCACAACCCAACUGGCCCUUGUUGGCAGUUUCCAAGAGUUUCUUCGAGGUGGCCGGAGCGAGCGCCCGCGGCGAGACUAGUGCUGCGGCCGCGGCGCCGCUCGACGAGCCGCUCGAGGCCGCCGGCGCCUGGGGCGACGACGACGUCGAGCUCAACGACGACAACAAGGAUGAAGAUGAGCAAGAGGUAAUGGAGGACGCGUGCGACGACGGUGGCUGGGACGUCGGCGACGAGGACCUCGACCUGCCCGAGGAAUUAGCGCCUGUUUCCGCUGAUAUCGACGGCGCCGAGGAGAGUUCAGAAUACUUCGUGGCGCCGACGCGCGGCACCAGCGACAUGCUCUCCGGCAAACUAAAGACGGCGCACGAUCACAUCACCACUGGACAGUUCGAAAUAGCGUUCAGAUUGUUGAACGAGCAAGUGGGCAUCGUGAACUUCGAGCCGUACCUGCAACUGUUCGUGAGCAUGUUCGCGGCGGCGCGCGUGUGCUUCGGCGCGCUGCCGAGUGUGCCGCCGCUCAGCGCCCACCUGCACCGCAACUGGAAGGAGGCUAGCGGGAAGGACUUGCUACCUGUUCUCACGGCGAAACUGAACGACUUAGUAACACAGCUGCAACAGUGCUACCAGCUGACCACAUCGGGCAAGUUCACGGAAGCGAUCGACAAACUGCAGCGCAUCGUGCAGAGCGUGCCGCUGUUGCACGUGGACGGCAAGACAGAACUCACGGAGGCGCAGCAGCUCCUCAACAUAUGCAGGGAGUACUUGCUCGGGCUGCAGAUGGAGACCGCUAGGAAAGCGAUGCCCAAAAACACACUAGAAGAACAAAAGCGCACAUGCGAGAUGGCGGCGUACUUCACACACUGCAAGUUGCAGCCGGUGCACCAGAUCCUGACGCUGCGAACAGCACUCAACAUGUUUUUCAAGCUGAAGAACUACCGCACAGCCGCUUCCUUCGCGAGGAGAUUGCUGGAGCUUGGACCCAGGCCGGAGGUGGCGCAGCAGGCGAGGAAGAUACUGCAAGCGUGCGAGAAGACGCCCACAGACGAACACCAACUGUUCUACGACGAACACAAUCCGUUCAACAUUUGCGGCAUCAGCUAUAAGCCGAUAUACCGAGGGAAGCCGGAGGAGAAAUGCUCGCUUUGCGGAGCCAGCUUCAUGCCAGAACACAAAGGGAAGCUCUGCCCUGUGUGCGGGGUCGCGGAGAUCGGCAAGGACGUGCUCGGACUAAGGAUCUGUCCCGUGCAGUUCCAGAGAUAAUUGUAUUUAUGUAAGAUUAUAUAGAAUAAAUUGUAUCACGUUUCAACAAUAAUUUAUUUACAAA